ACUACUUCUUCAGCCACGGCCCGCCGUGAUGUUCAACAAAGGCUGGUUAGGCGGCCCAAACGCUCAAUCGCAGGAGGAUUCUUCCUUACGCCUCCAGCAACCAUAAAGAGGGGCCGCGUUUAUCAUUGUCCCGGGUGCAAUCGAAAGGGUUGGCGGAGGGGGAAGAACUAAGAGUGUGCAUGGGAGGGAAGAGAAGCCGCUUCUGCACUGGACGGCGACGCCCCUCGAUCGCCCUCCUCCGCGGCAGGAUUCCCCCCUCGGCCAUGCUGGCAUUGUCACCAGCAGAGGAUGACAGACUGGAACACUGGCACAGUAAAGCCUGUAAAUGUGAUUGUCAGGGAAGUCCAAAUUCCGUAUGGUCCUCGGGGACGAACAAUCUGGAAUGCAUGCCAGAAUGUCCCUAUCACAAGCCACUUGGUUUUGAGUCAGGAGCUGUUACUCCAGACCAGAUAAGCUGCUCCAGUCCAGAGCAGUACACUGGAUGGUACACUUCAUGGAUUGCAAACAAGGCCCGGCUUAAUGGGCAAGGUUUUGGGUGUGCCUGGCUCUCCAAAUACCAAGACGCAAACCAGUGGCUGCAAAUUGACCUGAAGGAAAUCAAAGUUAUUUCAGGAAUAAUCACACAAGGUCGGUGUGAUGCAGACGAAUGGAUGACAAAAUACAGUGUGCAGUACAGGACUGACGAAAACCUGAACUGGGUCUAUUACAAGGAUCAGACAGGAAACAACAGGGUUUUCUAUGGAAAUUCAGACAGAUCAUCUUCUGUGCAGAACCUUCUGCGCCCACCCAUUGUCUCACGCUACAUUCGCUUGAUACCACUUGGCUGGCAUGUGCGCAUUGCCAUCAGGAUGGAGCUGCUUGUAUGCAUGAAUAAGUGUGCUUGAUGCUAAAUUUCAGCACCACAUGACAUUGCAAGGGAAAGAGAUGGGAGGCAUUAGCAAGAUAUAGAAGUACAAAGAAUAGAAUGAGUAGGUUCCUCAUGUAUCUCAGUGUACUAUAAAAAAAAUGUAAGCAUUAUCCCUUUUGCUGUGACUUGCACCUUCCACAACUAUGGAAGCUUUAAUGGAAGUCUAAAUCAGGUUUCCUCAACCUCGGCCCUCCAGAUGUUUUGAGAAUACAAUUCCCAUCAUCCCUGACCACUGGUCCU